GUGUGUAAGCUGUAAGACUGGUAUAGUCAGCUGAGACCACACACACACACACACACACACACCAUGGACAGGCUAUGGGGACUGCUGCUCUCCUGUUGGCUCUCUACUGCGUGUGGAUCUGUGGUCAGAGAUAAGAUCUCACAGACCCCCUCCUUCAUCUCUGCAGAGGUCGGCGAUGACCUUCAUCUUACGUGUUUGUUCACUUCUCAAGAACUUUUCACUGGUUUACUGUGGAUGAAGCAGUCUGUUGGAGAGGAACCUGUGUCCAUUGCCUCAUAUUACUCUCCAAAUACUAAUUUCUACAAUGGUUUUGACAAGAGCGGUCGAUUUAAACUGGAAGGUGGAGCUAACAGCUUUAAUCUGACAAUUUCCCAAACACAGACUACAGACUCAGCUACCUACUACUGUGGAUCCAUUUUUUACGCUGAUGUGACUUUUGGGAAAGGAACAGUUGUAUUUGUCAAAGACAGGGACUCUGGUGACCAUGCGGUCAUUGAGCAGCUGGACUCAGUGUCGCCCCCCUCAGGCGGUAACGUGACGUUGUCCUGCUCCGUCCACGCUGGGAGCUGUGAGGAGGAACCCGCGGUGUUCUGGUUCCGACCCGCCUCAGCAGACUCACGUCCAGGAGUGGCCUACAGCAGCAGAGACAACAGCUGUGAGUACCGGUUGUCCAGGAGGAAUCUCAGUCGUGCUGAUGCACACACACACUACUGCGCUGUGGCUGCCUGCGGACGCAUAGUGUUUGGGAACGGGACGCGUGUGCACGUUCAAGAUGACUCCAGUGCUCCAAUCCCGCAGCUCCUCGCUGUGUCAUCGCUAGCCAGCGCGCUGCUGAUGAGUCUCGUGGUGAACGUGGCCUUCUGUGUGAGGGCGAGGAGGUCAGCCAGCCAAUCAGGUGUGUCUCUGUGUGCCACCUGUAAUGCGGUCGUCUCAGCACCGGGGGGCGCUGCAGCAGGUAGAGGACAGUGGGAGGAUGGUGGUGUGAACUACGCUACGGUGCAGCUGACUGCGGUUCAGAGAGACGCACAGCGGAGGCAGAACCACACACACACACACACACACUCUACUCCGUAUUCCACCACCAGACACACACAGAACAACACACACACACACACACACUCUUCUCCGUAUUCCACCACCAGACACACACAGAACAACACACACACACACACACACUCUACUCCGUAUUCCACAACCAGACACACACAGAACAACACACACGCACAUGGAACACACUCUACUCCGUAUUCCACAACCAGAGACACACAGAAUCACACACACACACAUAGAACCAACUGUACUCCACACUCUGCUACUAGACAGGGAAGACACACACCAAACCACACACACCCACACACACAGAACCACACACAUCCACACACACAGAACCCCAUCUACACUCCAAUUCACUACCAGAACAGGAAGUGACAUCAACACAGAACCCCCACUGUGUUAACAAGACAGAACGCGACGAGCCUCUCUACUUCCAGGCUCUAACCAGAACAGGAAGUGACAUCAACACAGAGCCUCUCUACUUCCAGGCUCUACCCAGGAGGCCACGGCUCACUGACUGCUGUUCAUGAUUUUUCCGAAACGGAAUGGGUUGGAAUUUAGCUUUAUAUAGGAGUGAUGAAGAUGGUGAUGGUGAUGGUGAUGAUGAUGGUGGUGAUGAUGAAGAGGAUUUUCUCCCCCUGAUGAUUGGUCAGGAUCCUCCAUGGAUCAGGCCUCGCACACACACACACACACACUCACACACACACACUCACACACACACACACACACACACACACACACACACUCAGACUCAUACACACACAUGAUGAUGGUGAUGAUGACAGUGGUACUGAUGAAGAUGAUGGUCACGUUUGUUCAUUCACAUAUUGUAUAUAGCUUUUCCAUGCACUGAGUGUGAGUUUUACUGAUGAUGAAGCUGGUGGUGAUAUUUUACUGAUGACACACACACACACACACACACACACUAAUAUGCGCGCACACACACACACACACACACACACACACACACACACUAAUAUGCACACGCACACACACACACACUAAUAUGCACACACACACACACACACACACACACACACACACACACACACACACACACACAUGCCUGUUCCUGUUAACUUAUUUGAGAUA